CUCGUACUCGUUUUCGUGAUAUUUAGCAUUAUUCUUGUUACUGGUGUUACAAAUAGAUUUGCACUAUCUAAAAAAUGUUCCCGUUAUAGGGUCAAAUUUUUUAUAAAAAGCCAACGGCUACAAUAUCGUUCUUUCUCCGUCUCUGUUGGGAAGUAACAACAAGUUUAUUGGAGCACAAAAAGAUCGGCCCUCGCUGGAAUUAGUUAAAUUAAUCCCUAUCUAUCUUUUGAAUCUGCUUCCAUUUAAGCUCUCCCCCUCCAACAUUUUUCCUUGAUUCUUUCCCUUGGUAAGAAUCCACUCUCGAUUGCUACCAUUCCUAAUUCAAGCUUCUUACGAGAGAUUCGUUCAUUGCUUUUUUCCUUUCAUUUUAUACGGCAUACAGCACCAGAGUUUCCUUUCUGGGCAUGACAAUUUUUCCAUAAAAAUUCGUUUUUUUUUUCUCCUCUCUUUUUUUUUUUUAUUUGGGUCUUUUCAAUCACUUUGAUUGAGAGACCUUCUUCUUCUUCUUCUUCUUCUUCUUCUUCUUCUUCUUCUUCUUCUUAGUUGUAUAUGGGUUCCUUCCGUUAAUUAUAACAACUUAAGUUAGAAGGACUUGAGUUUAGGAAAAAGAAAAAAAAAAAUUGUUCAACCUUGAAAGAUGUCGGUUUCUGAGGUUGCUGUGAGACCGAUUUUGAAAAAAUCGGUGCAUUGGCAAGGGCGUUGCUCUGGCGAAUCUAUCCGGAUAUAUCUAACCGUAGACGGUGCGUUGAGACCAAUGCGUGUAUUGGAGUCUGACUCCAUAGCUUCGGUGAAAAUGAGGAUUCAAGCAUGCAAAGGAAUCGCAGGGAAGAAGCACAAGCUGGUCUAUGGUGGCAGAGAGCUUGCCCGCAAGGAUGCACUCAUCAAGGAUUACGGUGUCACUGCUGGCAAUGUUCUUCACUUGGUUCUCCGUCUCUCUGACAUGAUCUUCAUUGUUGUGAGGACUGCCUGUGGGAAGGAGUUUGAGUUUCAGAUUGAUAGACAUAGAAAUGUGGGGUAUCUUAAGCAACGCAUCAAGAAGAAGAAGGGAGAAGGUUUCAUUGACCUUGAGGGUGAUCAAGAGCUUUUCUGUGGUGGGGAAGAGCUCCAUGACCAGAGGCUCUUCCGUGAUAUAUGCAACACUGAUGAUGCUGAUGGUGUCAUUCAUUUGGUGGUUCGAAAUUCAGCAAAGGUUAAUGCCAAACCAGUUCACAAGGAUUUGGAGCUUUCGGUUGUUGCUGAUGGCUCUGCUGAGGGAGAGAAAGAGAAUCAGGUGACACCAAAGAUACCACCACCUGGUUUAGAUUUCUGGUUGGAACCAGUUUUUGUAAAUCCUAAGGUCAGUUUUUUUCCUUUUCUUUGGGACUUGAUUGGCUCCACAUUCGAUGGUUUGAAGAAAGGGAAUAACCCUAUCAGAUCCUCCGAGGGCACAGGUGGGACUUACUUCAUGCAAGAUUCAGCAGGUAUGGAGUAUGUUUCAGUUUUCAAGCCCAUGGAUGAGGAGCCAAAUGCGGUUAAUAACCCUCAAGGCCUACCGGUUUCCUCUAAUGGCGAAGGUUUAAAAAUAGGGACAAAGGUUGGAGAAGGAGCUAUGAGAGAAGUUGCAGCAUAUAUAUUAGAUCAUCCAAAAGCUGGGCCACGGUUGGUGACAGGUGAAGCACUAGGCUUUGCUGGGGUUCCCCCAACUGUUAUGGUCCAGUGCUUACACCAAGCCUUUAACCACCCAGAUGGGUUUGAUUACUCCUCAAAGCAUUCCAAGGUGGGGUCCCUGCAGAUGUUUAUGAGCAAUGAUGGUAACUGUGAGGACCUUGGACCAGGGGCUUUUUCUGCGGAGGAGGUGCAUAAGAUCACCGUGCUUGAUCUAAGAAUGGCUAAUGCAGAUAGGCAUGCUGGAAAUAUAUUGUUCAGGAAAGAGGCAGGUGGUCACACUUUGCUCAUUCCCAUUGAUCAUGGCUACUGUCUUCCAGAGAAAUUUGAGGAUUGUACAUUUGAUUGGCUUUACUGGCCCCAAGCACGUCAGCCUUACUCCCCUGAUACGGUUGAUUAUAUCAAAUCUCUGGAUGCCGAGAAAGACAUAGAGCUUCUGAAAUAUUUCGGGUGGGAUGUCCCGGUUGAGUGUGCACGAACACUCCGAAUCUCCACAAUGUUAUUGAAGAAAGGGGUUGAGAGAGGUCUCACUCCUUAUGACAUUGGAAGCAUUAUGUGUAGGGAAAAUUUGAACAAAGAAUCUGUCAUCGAGGAGAUUAUUUGUGAAGCCCAAGAAUCAUUGCUACCUGGCAUGGAGGAAUCUGUGUUUCUUGAAUCUGUCUCCCAGAUCAUGGAUUCCCGCCUUGAUAAGCUUUCAAAAUAGACUCUCUUUGAUUCAUAGUUAUAUAAUAACAAUAAUAUAUAUUUGGAUGUAUUGAGUGAAUACUAUAGUCCAUAUUUGGAUGGACUGCAGAUUGUUUAAAAUGGGGUAGCUAGGUGCGUUCUGGACAUAUAUAGGGCUUGAAGCUCCUGCUCAUCUCUCAUUCAUACACUUCCGUGAACUGUUAUUCAGAAUUGUAUUGCCAUGUUGAAGUUAAAAGGGUCUGAAUAAGAUGUAUUCUACUAAGAUUUUAUGUAUUUUAGGUUUGUGUGAAGGGUGGUUAACACAGGAGCUGGAUGAAUGCCUUGUGUGUAUAUAGUUGUAAUAUGUUUAGAAGCUUCACAAGAAGGGCAUUUUACUCCUAAAAAUAUAUUAUUGAUGCCUGCUAUUUAGGCAUUUUUACUCA